UUCGCGACCGGACGUUUCCUUCGCGAGUCCUUGCCACCCACUGUCAAAGCCACGCUUCGGCAUCGAUGCGUACGUCUUGCGGACGGCGUGCCGCUGGUUGAAUACCGUCUGCGAUUGUUCGGUCGAAAUCGAAGAGCGAAAUAAAAAAAAACAAAAAAACAAAAAAAACAACAACCAAAAUACAUCUUCUUCUCGCAAUGGAGACGAAUUGAAGAAACGGUCUUUGCUAACCGUGAUUACAAAUUUUCAUUUGCAGUACCACACUUUCAGUGAAACAAAAGCGAAAGAGAAAACCGGCGAAAGAUAGUCGAGGGGGGAAGCUCGACUGGGCUACGCAUUUCCAUGCGAUACUACAGUCGAUGAACGUUUGACAAAAACGACACCCCUGCACAGAGAAGAUACAUAUAUGCGAAAAAAAAAUAUAUCGCCCGCGCACCCCUGUAUCACGAUCCCGAGGAUCCGAUCGUGCGGGAUCAAAGAUAAAUUAAAUUCGAUUCGAUUCAAUCGCGGAUAUUCUUACGAUCGUAUCGCCGAGUGAUCGUUCUCAAAGUGUUUCCACGACACUGUAGCGCACGACGAAUAAUCUUUCAGAUUCACGUACGGGUUUUAAACGCGUUUGACAUUCGGAAAUUGUUGAGAAACAAUCGCUGAAGUUGUAUUGGCAGAAUUAUUCGGACGACCGAAAUAACUGCAGCAGCAGCAGUUUGUACAACCCGUGAGAAUAAGGGUUCGUUCUUUUUGUAUCAACGGUUUAACUUUUUUCCACCUCUGAAAACGAACGACACGCGAGCUUUGUACCAUUAAAUUCACGUCGUACCGGUUUUGCGAGAUAUAUAUAUAUAUUUCUCUGGAUAUUAUAUCACAAAAGAAAAAGUCUAGAGAAACGUAGUCAAGAUUCAAUUGGGAAAAGUUUUCGGGGGUAAAUUUAACUCGGUAAAAAGUUGUUGUUGUGCCACGUUUAUACUUUGGAUCUACAGCAGUUGCGUGACGAUACUGACUGAAGAGUUUUUCGAAUAUUCGGCGUCAAGUUAUCGUUGCCGACCGUCUGUCUCAUCGGUGUAUAUACAUAUAUACCGUAUAAUUGUAUAUCUUCGAGUGACGUUCAGUGUAUACUUGCAGUUUGUGCGUUGAAAGAAACCGAAGAACCGCUAAUAAAAGAAACAAAAAGACAGUGCAGGAACCGUUCUGUAACGAGAAAACCGAGUGAUUCGAAUGGAAGUAAAUUAGAAGACACGUGAAGGAAAAUAAAAGGAGAUCGAGAGUAACUUCAACAUUCGAAGAUCCGCACCGUUGGACCGUCCGAUUCCCGGCUUCGAAAGUUUCAGAUUAAGAAACCGGCUUCAACGUGGCUGGUGAUAUUCCCGUUAUCCCGUGACUCCGGAGAGGAGUGAAGCCCGAGGUACAUGAGCGGAGGAAAUGAACUACACGCAAGGGAAGGGACGGCUUUACCCAGCCUACAGCCUCAGCGGCAGUGAGGGCGAAGAGAACUCUCCGAGUCUUCGCGGAGGUCGCGCUUACCCUUCGAAUUCUCAUCCGACCAAUCAAGUUCAGCACAAUCACUACAACUCGAACCAGCACAAACAGCGGGCCUACCAACACCCUCUUUUUCACGUGCCGGGGAGCGGGGCUGGACUCAGCGAUACUCCGACCUCGGGCAACGCUUCCGACGAAACUCUAACCGACAGCGAACUCACCAACCUCGCCCGGGACUCGACUCUUCUCGUUCAUAACGGGUGUCUAUUGGACAACGUCGCACCGCGGGGCCCACCCGAUGUGCCCCCCCGUAAUCCUACAAUGAGCCGAUUGAACGGAAGAUUACCUGGGAGCCACGCAACUAGUGACCACGAACGUGAUCCUGACUUGGAGCCAUCCUGUCUGGUGCGCACACCGUCUGGAAACUUUUACAACAUACCAAAGAUACCGAAGAAUGAGUACAACAAUAAGAAUCAAUCGACAGGAAACAGCCCUAUAAAAGUGGAACUACAAAACAAUAUGGACAGAGUUACGCUACCUUACGGCCACGGGCCAUCGAUGAUUCCCAUGAGGAGACAGAGCAUCAGAUGUCAGCUACGCAAAGGCAUUGAUUGGUGCAGUUGGAAACUGAUUGCCAUCGUCGUGAUCAUGCUAUCACUUUGUCUGACCGCGGCACUCACCUACGUUGCAGCCUCGAACAUGGUGCACUGGUCUUACCAAGGCACGAAAGGCACGGUUCUCGUCGGUGAGACAACAGAAUCAAAGCCGGCAACUGCGGAGGCAAAUAAAACCUCGUCAAGCAGACCCCGACAGCAAUCGUCAUCGGGAGGUAAUUACCGGAAAUAUAUUUUAGAUCGUGUGUAUUUGCGCAAACGUAGAGAUACUCUUAACCAGCAUGCCCCGGUGUCGCACAAAACUUUCCUGCAAACCUCUGAAGCACCUUUGGAAACGCAAAGUAUUGGCGAAAUUUAUAGUUCCACACCCAAUGAUCGAGCUGAGCAGACCGACAAAGCCGGGACAACAACGGCGAACUAUUUGCAUGAAGAUAUGAGUAAAAGUGUGCAUGCUGAACUAAAUGGGCGUAAAAAUGACCAGGUUAGUGGCGAGACUUCGACUUUGGCUCCCAUAGUCGAAACUAGACAAUCAGUUGGAUCGUCUACUCCAGAAUCAGUGCUUUCUGUGAAUGUCUCUAGCUCUACUAACUAUUCUCUUGACCGUGAAAAACUCACUACUUCUGUCAGUCAUUCUUUUCAAACUGCUUCGGACUUACACGAUUCGAGUGAUAACGUUCCUCCGAAAAACUCAUCAAAAGCGAAUAAGUCUUCGACUGAAAUUGAUGCUCCGCCGAUGCUACGUCCGAAUUCGGACGAAGAUAAAAUUACCGAGACUUCCGAUACCACAGAUAAAAAUAAAUCCGAUGUAAAAGUGCCUUCGAUAACCGAAGUAGUACCUGAGUACAUGGACAUGAUUGUAACGAAAAUUGGUUCUUCGGGAACAACGUUCAAUAAUGUCUAUACCAGUAGUAGCACCAGUACCAAUUUAGACGCGCAAGAUAAGUCCACUACAGAUUAUCCAAUAUCCAUUAACAUAGAUGAAAAAAGUAAUAGCGGGAGUUUCGGGAUGAUAGUUAAUGAUCCUUCAGAAAAAAAUAAAAGUGAAAACGCAGAUCUUGUUUUAGAUAACUCUCGUUCGGUUAGUAAACAUAUAGAUCCCGGUGACGUUAGUUUAUCGUUUGGUCAAGAUAACAUCGAAUCUGUAAAUACAUCCGCGAUCCAUGCAGACACUGCGAAAGGAACCGUCGAAGUUUUGCCUGUCGCUUUACCGUUGGUUGUAAGUCGCGUGGACAGCGAAACUGGUAUGAAUUCGAGUAAAACUUUGGAAAAAUUAGAACUGCAAUCGAAAUCUGCGGCCAGUGUGAAAGAAUCGGAAAUAUCCGACAAAGAAAAAACUCGACAGGAAGAAAAGCAGAUUAGAACAACCGUAAGCAACCAAGAUGAAAAAAUCUUGAGCGAUUCCAGGGAGAAGUUGAAUGAAUCGGAAGUACUCGAGACUCCUGGAGUUAUCAAGGAGACUCGAGAAUUGUCCAGCGAAGAUUCUUCUUCGGAAUUUAUUAACGGCGAAGGUUCAAGUGGCGAUACACCUGCAGAAGCUGAAAAGUCAGAGGAAUUACAAAGGGAUUAUCCAGUGUUCAGUUAUGGCCAAGACGAGAUUGAAAUUGUAAAACUGAGAACCGAUCCUAUUGACGCACCUAUGGAAUCAAAAAUUGUCCCGAACUUGGCGACUAAUGAAGUGAAAAUCGAGGAGGCGAAGAACGUUCCCCCGACACUGACGACAAAGCGAAAGGAAAAUUUGAUGAUUGUGAAUGCCGGAGAGGAGGAAUUUACCGAGAAAAUCGGUGAUAAGAUUGGACAAAGAGGAACAGACCGUUCAAACAAUGACGAUGAUGACAAUAACAGCGUUCAACACGAAGAUAAAUCAAACCAAGGGUCAAAGUCAUCUAACAACCCCCGCAAUGGUCCCACGUUGCAUGAAACGCAUGAAACUUCGCAAUCGAUUAACGCAAACUCUAUCACGUCUAACACAAACAUAAUUUCCGAACAUCCGCUAUCUGAGCAAGUGCACAUCGUAGAAGUGCCUAGGGCUACGGAAUUUCAACAGCAAUCACGACGGGUAGUCGUCAAUGUGACGAUUGGUACGGAGGAAUUCGCGGGCCCCUCAGAGUUUAAGAAAGCUUCUCGCCCACUGUACAUGUUGUCUGUGUCCGUGCCAACCAAUGGUGAAAUUAACAGUUUUCCUGGAAUUAACAUCAGCCCCAUACAAUUACCCGCACAACCCGCAAUGUCGAGCAUGAUGAGCAAUCCAAGUGUCGUACUUGAACAAACAACAACCACACGAAUACCACCCCCGCCGCAACCCCCGACAACACCUCCUCCGAGUUGGGGUGGUGAAUGCGAAUGCUCAUGUCCCUGCAUGGAUUCUUAUGAAAAGGAUAACUUUUCAGAGGGAUUGACUGCUUCGGAAGAGGCUUUGCUUCGUGACUUUGAGAAUGAGAGCUUCAAUUCUUCGUACGAAGAGACAGACUUGUUUAACAGUUCUGAAGAUUAUUCAGAAACGAAUAAUAAUUUCACUGAAAUACAUAAUUUAGAAGAUUUGUUAGAGAUCGAAGAGUCGACGACAGAAUCUUGGUUAAAUAGUACGGAUUUUACUGACACGGAGUCGACCACCGACUUCUCAGAGACGACAACCGAAGGUUAUUGGUGUUCUGGGACAACGCCACUUCCCCCAGAGCCCACUAUCCUGAUUCUUGAAGGUGCCCGAACAUUCCCCGCUCGAUCAUUCCCACCAGACGGCACAACGUUUGCUCAAGUGGCGCUCGGCCAGCGAUUGAGCAAAGAAAUUCCUCCAUACAGUUACUGGAACAUGCAAUUUUAUCAGUCGGAAGCAGCCUACGUCCGUUUCGAUUACAACAUCCCCAGAGGAGCGAGUAUCGGAGUUUACGCAAGGCGAAAUGCUCUGCCAACCCACACACAAUACGAUCUAUUGGAAGUCCUCAGCGGCUUCAAGGCUCGAACUUCUCGGGCAUCCCAUGUUAGUGUCAUUCAACCGUCAAUAAAGAAGGAAGUAACGCACUACAUGGAACCUGGCCACUGGUUCUUGUCUCUUUACAACGACGACGGCGACCCACAAGAAGUUGCUUUCAUAGCUGUGGUUGCGGAAGACAUGACGCACAAUUGUCCGAACGGAUGCAGUGGCAAGGGAGAAUGUCUGCUGGGUCAUUGCCAAUGUAACCCUGGUUUCGGGGGUGAAGAUUGCAGCGACAGUGUAUGCCCGGUGCUUUGCAGUCAGCGUGGAGAAUACAUAAACGGAGAGUGUCAAUGCAAUCCUGGUUGGAAAGGGAAAGAGUGUUCUCUUCGUCAUGACGAGUGCGAAGUUCCAGACUGCAAUGGUCACGGUCACUGUACCAACGGGAAAUGUAACUGCGUUCGUGGUUACAAGGGAAAGUUUUGUGAGGAAAUCGACUGUCCGCAUCCAACUUGUUCGGGUCAUGGCUUCUGUGCCGAAGGUACAUGCAUCUGCAAGAAGGGAUGGAAAGGCGCGGAUUGCAGCCAGAUGGAUAAAGAAGCAUUGCAGUGUCUCCCAGAUUGCAGUGGACACGGAAACUUUGAUCUGGAAACGCAGACUUGCUUGUGUGAACCCAUGUGGUCCGGUGACGACUGUUCAAAAGAACUGUGUGAUCUCGACUGCGGACCCCACGGACAUUGCGUGGACAACGCGUGCGAUUGCGUGCCCGGAUGGUCCGGCGAACUGUGCAACAUGAAGCAAUGUGAUCCACGGUGCAACGAACAUGGGCAAUGCAAAAAUGGAACCUGCCUCUGCGUAACCGGAUGGAAUGGAAAGCACUGCACUAUGGAAGGAUGUCCAAACUCCUGCUCGGGACAUGGACAGUGCAGGGUGAACGGGGACGCGCAAUGGGAAUGCCGAUGCUACGAUGGAUGGGAUGGAACUGAUUGCAGCGUCCUUUUGGAGCAAAAUUGCAGCGACAGCCGAGAUAAUGACAAGGAUGGUCUCGUCGAUUGCGAGGAUCCUGAGUGCUGCGCGAAUCAUCACUGUCGAGAUAGUCAACUCUGCGUUUCAGCCCCGAAACCAAUCGACAUUCUACUUCGGAAACAGCCGCCAGCAAUCACUGCGUCAUUCUUCGAAAGAAUGAAGUUCUUGAUCGAUGAAGGCAGUUUACAAAACUACGCUCGCCAGGAGACAUUCAACGAAAGUGUGUUCUGGAAUCACUUCAACACAAGCCGAUCUGCUGUGGUACGUGGCCGAGUCGUUACCGCCCUUGGUACCGGACUCAUGGGCGUCAGAGUGAGCACCAGCACUCCGCUCGAGGGUUUCACCCUAACGCGAGACGAUGGAUGGUUCGAUUUACUCGUUAACGGAGGAGGUGCCGUCACCCUUCAGUUUGGAAGAUCUCCUUUCAAACCGCAAAGCCAUAUCGUGUUCGUUCCGUGGAAUGAGGUGAUCAUAAUCGAUAAAAUCGUUAUGAGUACGACAGAUGAAAAACAGAUUUCUCACAUCCCCCACGCUUGUGCGGCACACGAUUACGAUCUUAUGAAACCAGUCGUUCUCGCUACCUGGAAACACGGAUUCCAAGGAGCCUGCCCGGAUAAGAGCGCCAUUCUCGCUGAGUCCCAAGUCAUACAAGAGAGUCUUCAAAUACCCGGUACCGGUCUGAAUCUCGUGUAUCACAGCUCACGAGCUGCCGGCUACUUGUCAACCAUCCAACUGCAAUUGACCCCCGAAACAAUUCCACCGUCCCUCAAUUUGAUUCACUUGCGAAUCACUAUUGAAGGUAUUUUGUUCGAGAAGACAUUCGAAGCCGACCCAAUUAUAAAAUUCACUUACGCUUGGAAUCGACUGAACGUUUAUCGGCAACGCGUUUACGGAGUAACUACGGCUAUGGUCAAGGUGGGAUACGAAUAUAUCGAUUGCAAGGACAUUAUUUGGGAUGUGCAAACCACCAAGCUAAGCGGACACGAUAUGUCGAUAUCGGAAGUGGGAGGAUGGAAUCUAGACAUUCAUCAUAGAUACAAUUUCCACGAAGGAAUAUUACAGAAGGGAGACGGUUCCAAUAUCUAUCUGAAACACAAGCCAAGAGUAAUUUUAACAUCAAUGGGAGACGGGCAUCAGAGACCGUUGGACUGCUUCGACUGCGACGGUCAAGCCUCGAAGCAAAGGCUGCUCGCCCCCGUAGCACUUGCCGCUGCACCCGAUGGCUCAAUUUUCGUCGGUGACUUCAAUCUCGUGAGAAAAAUUUUGGUGGACGGAACUGUGAAGACCGUCGUUCGGCUCAACGCGACGAGAGUUUCUUACCGAUACCACAUAGCAUUGAGUCCACUGGACGGUGUCCUCUACAUAUCUGAUCCAGAGUCACACCAGAUAAUCCGGGUUCGCGACACGAACGAUUACUCCGACCCAGAACACAAUUGGGAGACCGUGGUCGGUUCCGGUGAACGUUGUCUUCCAGGGGAUGAAGCUCAUUGCGGUGACGGAGCUUUGGCGCGUGAUGCGAAACUCGCUUACCCCAAAGGUGUAGCCGUAUCGGCAGACAACGUCCUUUACUUUGCUGACGGUACGAACAUAAGGAUGGUGGAUCGCGAUGGAAUAAUUACAACCGUUAUCGGAAACCACAUGCACAAAUCACAUUGGAAGCCGAUCCCCUGCGAAGGAACUUUGAAUGUUGAGGAGGUCCAUCUCAGGUGGCCUACCGAGCUGGCUAUUAAUCCGUUGGAUAAUUCGUUGCACAUGAUCGACGAUCACAUGGUUUUACAAUUAGCACCCGAUGGACGUGUCAAGGUCGUGGCCGGACGUCCGCUACACUGCGCUUCACCCUCGACAACUUUCGAUACCGAAUUAGCGACACACGCGACUUUGGUAAUGCCGCAGAGCAUCGGGUUCGGACCCGCUGGGGAUUUAUACAUUGCGGAAAGUGACUCCCAGCGUAUAAAUCGCGUAAGGGUCAUUGGGACGGACGGAAAAAUUUCACCAUAUGCCGGUGCUGAGUCAAAAUGUAAUUGUUUGGAACGAGGAUGCGACUGCUUCGAAGCUGAUCAUUACCUGGCGUCUAGUUCGAAAUUCAACACCAUUUCGGCUGUAGCGGUUUCUCCGGACGGCAUCGUACAUAUCGGUGAUCAAGCAAACUAUAGAAUUCGAUCUGUUAUGGCGAGCAUACCGGAUGCCAGUGGGGCAAGGGAGUACGAGAUAUAUUCCCCCGAUACCCAGGAGAUCUAUGUUUUCAAUAGAUUCGGCCAACAUAUCGCAACGAAAAACAUUCUCACCGGUGAAACAAAUUAUCUAUUUGCUUAUAACGUUAACACGAGCAACGGAAAGCUAAGUACCGUAACCGAUGCUGCCGGAAACAAGGUAUUCUUGCUAAGGGAUUAUUCCAGCCAAGUAAAUUCGAUUGAGAAUACCAAAGGACAGAAAUGCAGGUUGAGAAUGUCGAGGAUGAAGAUGCUCCACGAAUUAAGCACUCCGGAUAAUUAUAACGUCACUUUCGAUUACCACGGACCCACCGGACUAUUGAAAACCAAACUUGACAGCACCGGCAGGAGCUACGUUUACAAUUACGACGAAUUCGGAAGACUUACUUCCGCCGUCACCCCGACUGGUAAAGUUAUCAGUCUAACAUUCGACCUCAGCGUGAAAGGUGCCACCGUCAAGAUCGGACAGAAUAACAGAAAGCCUGUUUCCAUGCUUAUCAAGGGCUCCUCGGUUGUAACUAAGGUCGGAGAAGCGGAACAAAGAACGAUUGUUCUCGGCGAUGGUAGCGUGGGUCGAGUAACUCCCUGGUUGCACACCGUAAGUACGGACACAGUCCCCUAUUCCAUUUUGGCGGAGAUCGAACCACUGCUCGGAGAGAGCUAUCCGGUACCAGCGAAACAACGAACGGAAAUCGCUGGUGAUCUAGCGAACAGAUUCGAAUGGAGAUAUUUCCUGAGAAGAGUACAGGGAAAUAAAAACCGUGGAAAUGCCAAGGCAGUGGCGCAAGUUGGCAGAAAACUUCGCAUCAAUGGUGAAAAUCUUCUUUCACUCGAGUACGACAGAGAGUCCAAUACGGUCGCUGUAUUUAUGGACGACCGCGUCGAGCUUUUGAAUGUCACUUACGACAGAACAGCCAGGCCAGUCAAGUGGGGACCGAGAAAUGGAAUCUUUGCCGGUGUCGAUUUGGAAUACGACAGAUUCAGUAGAUUGACCAGUUGGACAUGGGGCGAUAUCAGCGAAACGUACGGCUUCGAUAGGGCAGGCAGACUUUACGAAAUAAAAUACAGCGAUGGAACGGCGAUGAUAUACGCUUUCAAAGACAUGUUCAGCAGUCUGCCUCUAAAAGUCACGACUCCUCGUGGCAGCGAUUAUCUAUUACAGUACGAUGAGGCUGGUGCUCUUCAAUCUCUGACCACUCCUAGGGGUCAUAUUCACGCCUUUUCUCUGCAAACUUCCCUUGGCUUCUACAAGUAUCAGUAUUACUCACCAAUGAACAGACAUCCGUACGAAAUUCUCUACAAUGACGACGGUCAGAUAUUGGCCAAAGUUUACCCGCACCAGAGCGGAAAAGUCGCGUACGUCUACGACCACACCGGAAAACUAGAAACUACAUUAGCAGGUUUGUCAUCAAUUCACUACACAUAUCAAGAAGCGACGAGUCUGGUGCGAAGUAUCGACGUAAACGAGCCAAACUUUGAAAUGCGUCUGGAAUACAAAUACCACGCUGGAAUCGUGAAGGAUGAGAAGAUUAAGUUCGGCAGUAAGAGCGGAAUGGACAACGCGCAUUAUCGCUACCAGUACGAUGGUAAUGCGCGCAUAUCCGGACUCGAGGUAGACAUCAAUGGAAAGGAACUACCCCAAUUGCGCAUCAAGUACAACCAGAACCUUGGACUUCUUGAGGGUGUUAGCGACCUGAGAAUUUACAGAAAUACGUUCAACAGAUCCGUCAUGCAGGAUACAAGCAAGCAGUUCUUCACCAUAACAGACUACGACGAUCACGGUAGGAUAAAAACUGUCCUGAUGAAUAUAAGAUCUCUUGAUGUGUUCAGGAUGGAACUUGAAUACGACAAUAGAAAUCGCAUAAAAAUGAGGAAGUUCAACAUCGGUAGAGAAUCAAUGAUGGACAAAAUCACGUAUAACGCCGAUGGUCACGUUCUCGAAGUCGCUGACACCGACAACAACUGGCAAUACAGUUACGAUGAGAACGGUAACAUCAUCGGAGUGACGGAACAGAACGAGAAAAUCACGUUGGGCUAUGACAGCGGGGAUCGUGUUGUUCAAUACGGAGACGUUGAGUUUAAUUCCUACGACGGUAGGGGUUUCGUGGUCAGAAGAGGUGAACACAAAUACAGAUAUAACUCGAGAGGACAGCUGAUCCACGCCUUCGAACACGAUAAAUUCCAAAUUUGGUACUUCUAUGACGACCGCGGCAGACUUGUGGCGUGGAACGACGAUCGUGGAAAUAUAACGCAGUACUUCUACGCGAAUCCAAGAACACCAGAUCUGAUUACACACGUGCAUUUCCCGAAGUCCUCGAAGACUUUCAGGUUCCUAUACGACGCGAGAGACUUUUUGAUCACGGUUGAGACCUCUGAACAAAGAUUCUACGUCGCGUCCGAUCAGAAUGGUUCUCCCUUGGCACUGUUCGACACUAACGGCAACUUGAUAAAGGAAAUGGGUAGAACACCGUUCGGUAAAAUCAUAAAAGACACGAAUCCAGAUUUCUACCUUCCGAUUGACUUCCACGGUGGAUUAUUGGAUCCUAACACAAGACUCGUGUACUUGAAAAAACGCCUUUACGAUCCAGCGGUUGGACAAUGGAUGACACCAGCUUGGGAGCAAAUGGCGAACAAACUUACAACUCCGACUGAUAUAUUCAUCUACCGAUUCCGCAACAACGACCCAAUAAACAACAAACAGAACGUCGAAUACAUGACGGAUCUUCCAAGUUGGCUCAUGCUCUACGGCUACGACGUCUCGGCCAUGCUCGGUUCGGAAUACACCAAGGAAAUGGUUUACCAGCCAAGUGCCACCAUCACGUCUCCUCAAUUGACACCAGAAUUCGGUGUGAUGUCCGGGUUGCAAUGUAUCGUCAACAGGGUCCACGAGAAAUUCUCCGACCUCGGUUUCGUCCCGAAACCGCUUCUAAAGCUGGAACCAAAGACUCGAAAUCUUCUUCCUAGAGUCGCACACAGAAGAGCGGUAUUCGGAGAAGGUGUACUGGUAUCAAGGGUCGGAGGUCGCGCCUUAGUAAGCGUAGUUGAUGGGGUGAACAGCGUUGUUCAAGAUGUGGUAACUUCGGUCUUCAACAGUUCGUUCUUUUUGCCAUUGCACUUCAGUGUUCACGAUCAAGAUGUAUUCUACUUCGUGAAAGACAAUGCCCUGAAGAUUAGGGAUGAUAUGGAGGAACUCCGUCGUCUGGGGGGUAUGUUUAAUGUUUCCACUCACGAAACAACGGAACAUGGGGCUGGAACCUGGAAAGAAUUAAGGUUGCACAAUCCAGACGCAGCCGUUGUAAUAAAAUACGGUGCAGAUCCCGAGCAAGAGAGGCAUAGGAUAUUAAAACACGCUCACAAAAGAGCGGUGGAAAGAGCUUGGGAAAUUGAAAAACAAUUAGUAGCCGCCGGUUUCCAAGGUCGCGGUGACUGGACGGAAGAAGAGAAGGAGGAAUUGAUAAAUCACGGUGACGUUGAUGGUUACGAGGGUGUGGAUAUUCACAGUGUACAUAGGUAUCCGCAGCUCGCUGACGAUCCAGGAAAUGUCGCAUUUACAAGAGACACAAAAAGGAAAAGACGAAAGAGUGGUAACAGACGCAACAGAAUUCACAGGCAUGACUCGUGAUUUGACAAAAAAGAAUAAUUAAACUUUUACCUAUAUCAAACGCAAUGUGAACAAACAGAAAAAAAAAAAAUUAACAAACAAAAAACACAUAAUAAUACGUAUAAAUAACACACACAUUGUGAUAUGUCCAUAUGGUAACGUGUAUAGAAAUAAAACAAUCAAAACAAGACUUCUAAAGUAUAAACUAAAGUGAAAAUGCAAAGUAAAAAACAAAAUGAAUGAUAAACUAAAUCUCUUUGCUAUGGGGAAAAUCCUCGACUUAAUAAAUGAGACGACUGAGACUCGUGUAACAUAUUAUUUUAUUUGUAUCGAACUUGUUGGUGCCAUAUAUAUUAUUAUUAUUAUUAAUAUUAUUACCAUUAUUAACACUAUUAUUAUUAACAUUAUUAUUCUUAUUAUUACUAUUGAAAACGUUUUAAAAAAAAAGAAGAAUAAUCUAUGAAGUGUCAAAAUUAAACUAGUCGCAAGUAAUGAAAUGAUGAAUAUAAAGCUUGUUACAGGGGUGAUUAUUUUAUAGAAUGAACAAUUGCGUAUGAUAUAAAAUAAUCUUGUACUUUAGGAAUGAUGUGCAGGUGUAGUUUGAUAAAAAGUAGGUACUGUGGAUUAAAUUGAUAAAUGUGCAGAAAAAAUUUGAAUGUAUAGAAUCAGUUUCUACAUGGGGUAUAAGUAACACGAAGUAUAAAAAAAAAUAUAUACUGACUAAAAAUUAAUAAUAACAUUAAUUAAAACAAAUAAAUUAAUUAACAAAUAAAAGAAACGUAAUAAUAAAUGCUCUUCGAUCGCGAUAAUAUGUGUUUGUAUGAGUGCAUGUAUAUGUUGCGUGACAUUCAUGACUUUUGAGAACAAUUUGACAAAAAAAAAUGAAAAAGCUACGGAACAUGAUGGAAUCAGAGCAUAAGAAUCGCGCAACAGUUGAUGGGUUGAUAACAGGGUCUAUGACACAUAGAAAAACUUAUAUAUUUGAAAAUUCAGACAUUGAGUCUGUGUUUCGACGCGCCUAUUAUGUAUUGCCUCCAAAAUUAUCUCCUCUGCACAAUAGUGCAGUGAUACAAAUGACGAAUAUUUUAAUCACGUUAAUUACCACCAGUAACGAUGCUCUGUACACACAAAAGAGAACAAAACGAAAAAAAAAAAGAAUUAAAGGAUUAAGAAAGAAUAAAAAAAAUACAACAGAUAUUUUUAACAAGGUGUUAAGUGGAAGCUGAUGUAAAUAUAUGGAAUAUGACUAUAUUAUAAUAAUAAAAAUGUAGAUAUUAUUAUACGUAUUAUAACGAUGGUAAGUCCAAUUUGAAAUCUUGAAAGAAAUGCUUUUUUAUAUACACCAAUUAUAAUAGAGCCGCAAAUAGUUAAAAAGGGGGAUGAAAAAAAAGGGGAAAAGAAUAAAAUAAUUCAAAAAACGUCACAAUGUUAGUCUGCUGAACUUAUUGUUAGUAAAAUACAAAGAAAACUUCACGUGACAUAAUACAUAAUAUGUGCAUCAGUAAAAUGAUAAAACGAUAUACUAGUCCAGUGCAUACAUAUAUACCGUAAACAUAAAUACAAUACAUACAUGGCCUACUGAUCUGAAAGUCGCGCCGUCAACGUUCAGCAUAAUUAAUUCAUGUUCAGAAAGUAGGAUACAAGAAAAAAAAAAUAAUAAAUAAAAAUGUACCGUAUAUGAAUGUAGUUAUGACAAAUUACAUAACUUAAACGUUUCUCGAUAUGAUAGACUCCUUGUAAAUAGUAUAUAGAUACUAAAGUAAAAACUGUACCUAGAAAAUAAGUUUAGCCAUAAGUAUCCAUAAAUUUAAGACGGUAUAAUUGAACCCAUAAUUAAUAUCGAAAGAAAUGCAAGAAGAAAAAGUAAAAGAGAUCAGAAAACAAAAACAUAAUGAUGUAAUGUCCAACAUGAAUUACUCGUAUAAAUACCCUCCCCGCGCCUAUCUAUUUCUACUCGAAAUGAAAAUUAUUUUUUGAAUUGUGUCGUCAAAAUCCUAACAUGUCUAAGCAAAGAAAAAAACAAAAAACGUACCCUUAUAACAAUAAUGAAGAAAGAAAUAAUAAUAAUACUAAUAAUAAUAAUAAUGUAAUAAUAAUAACAAUAAUUAUAAUUAUAAUGAUAAUUAUAAUAAUAAUGAUGAUAUUGAUAAAUAAAUAAAUUGUCGGUGUUUAAUAUUGAAAAAUAGAUCAAACUUCAAAUGUUUGUAUCAAAGUAAUCGAUAGAAAGUAAUAAAUAGGGAUGCAGCGAGCCAACGUGCGAGCCGUCGCUCCACCGUUGUGUUCUCAUAGGUGUAACUAAAUACAUAAUCAUGAUGCAACAUACUCGGUUGACUGAUGUCGACGAGUGAAAUGUGCAACUAACUUAACUGCUAUAUGCUGUACAUAUCUAUUGUGUAUAGCCACACUCAAUAGUACUCUUCGAUACGUAUAUGCUUUCGUCACAUCAAUAUUUCAUUUGUGCUCAGACUGGUUGAACUUGAAAUUCCAUCACUUUUCAUAAUUAGAUGAAGUCAUAUUUCAUUUAUUACUUCUCGGGUUUUGCUUCACCGGAUGAUGAUGCCUCUUUGUUCAUAAACCGAUCAGCGUCUGAACGUAUGAUAGUUACGAAUCGUAGAAUUUUCGUUCAUCCCCUUCAGAAAAUAAUGUAGAAAUCAAUCUCGACAAAUAAGAUAUCGAUGUGAUUAUUAUCUGUUCUCUCUAUAUCCGUAAACUCUACCAUGAUAUUGUGCUAUAAAAAGAUUUGCUAGAACGUUGUAGGAAACUGGCUAAUCGAUUGCAGGAUGAAGAAUAAUUUAAAAAAUGCAUUGAAGAAAAAAAAGACGCAUAUUCAGUAUAACAAAUUGACUCAAAAGAAUACGUAAUACGAUAAUUAAACUUGAAUGAUAUGAAUAUUUACGGUUAUUAUAUCAUUUGGACUCACGUAAUUGUCAAUGUGAUUUUUUUUAACUUUUUUUCUUGAUUAUUUUGUCAAUAUAUAGUUCAGUUCGGUCGAAUUUUGUUUUGUAUUGAAUUGAAAAUCCAAACCGUUACAAAUAUUUGAAAAAUGAAAGAACAAAAAAAUUUAUAUUGGAUGAGGUGAUAUUUAAUACUGUUGCUAAACGUGACAAAGAAAAGCAAUACUUUAUAACUAUCGUGUAUGUCUUAAAAGAGAAACAAAAUAAUAUAAAUUAAUAUAUUUAAUUGUGUAUCGGUAAUUAUUGUAAAAGCGAUUAUGUGUUUGUGACAAAUGGGGGAAAAAAAACGAAACGAUGACCACGAAAAGCCUGUCAAUUUUUUGAAAUGAG